CCAACAGCGUUGCCCAUUGCCAUUGUCGACGCUCACAGCCAAUCGCAUUUCCUUCACUCACUGAUUGGACGUGUUGUUUUCUGGACAAUUCAACUCAAAGUCGAGAUAGUUUUCGCAGAUAAAACUCUUUUACAGUUUUAUAUAAAUAUUUAGAAAUGAUGGACGGGAAUGACGCCAGUCAAGAAUUGGGUGCGACGUUCCUCUCUUCAGAUUCCCAGUUAUUUGUGCAAUCGGAUGGCGAUGGAGAAAACAGUAUGGGAGGAGACAAUGCAGAUGAUUCUGGUGAUGGAGAUGGAAGUGAUCAUUCUAAUCCCAUGUUGAGGGAGCAGGAUAGAUUCCUCCCAAUUGCCAAUGUAGCUCGUAUUAUGAAGAAAACAAUCCCACGCACAGGAAAGAUUGCCAAGGAUGCCAGGGAAUGUGUUCAAGAGUGUGUUUCUGAAUUCAUCAGUUUCAUCACAAGUGAAGCAAGUGAACGUUGCCACCAAGAGAAAAGAAAGACCAUCAAUGGAGAGGAUAUUCUUUUUGCCAUGUCUACCUUGGGUUUUGAUAACUAUGCAGAGCCACUCAAGAAUUACCUCCAAAAGUAUCGCGAGUCAAUUAAAGGGGAUAGGACUCCUGGAGCUGAUGGUUUUGAUGAAGGAGCUGAAGAAUAUGGUGAUGCAGGUUCUUCAAGCCACACAGUGAACGUCUUGACUGCGGACGGGCAGCUGAGCAAUCAGCAGGCCAACGUCAUUUACACUACUUAUCCUGGCACCCAAAUAACUCAAUUCCAACUCGGAUAAUAACUCAAAUGUGAAACGAAUACACAAGUUUUUUUCUGGAAAAAUUAUUCAUUAUGUAUUUAUAUACACACGACAUUGACAAAUACACGAGUGUCCAAUGAAA